CGGCGAGGCAGAGAAGGGGAGGAGUUUAGCUCUGGCAAGGCGGCUCUCUCCUCACUCAGUUGUUUUCUCCCCCUUUUCGUGUAGCCAGGAACGUCACACAGCCAUGUAACUGUAAUACAAGAAGUGAAAAGAGGCAGAGAGAACAGGCACAGCUCAACUUCUAACCCUUAACAAAGGCAGAAAGGAUUUGUCAAGGCGCUACCAACAAAAAAAAAAAUGUAGGUGGGGGAAAAGGCUACAGGCUGAGAUAAUCAAGUGAGGCUCCAAUAUCUGGAGGAGGAGAAGCAGCUCGAGAGGUUACAACACUGCCCUAGUGGAUUAUGUGGGGCUCCGGCUGGGCUGGUCGGAAGAUGCUCUUGGCCAUUUGACUCAAAGCCAUCAAUGAAUGUUGGUAUCUCAAAUUGUUUCAAGCAACAGAGGGAAAACCUGAAUACAAGAAUGAAGAGAUAAAAACCUCACUCAGCAGAAAUGCACAAUUGAAACUGCAACACAGUUUCCUUCUACUGGACAAAGUAUUGUCCCUUUUACUAAUGUUGCUGUAGUACAGAUGGAUUGUAGCAUAGAUGCCAGGAUGGAAUUACGAAGAGCCUCUAGCCCUCACAAGAUGAGCAAGAAUGAUAUGGAUGCAGACAAGUCCGUAUUGCACAGCUGCUGCAUAUGUGGCAAAAGUUUUCCUUUCCAGAGCUCCCUGUCACAGCACAUGAGGAAACACACAGGGGAGAAACCAUACAAGUGCCCUUAUUGUGACCACAGAGCUUCUCAAAAGGGCAAUUUGAAGAUACACAUCCGGAGUCACAGAACAGGCACUAUCAGUCAGGACCACGAGGUGGAGGUGGGAGGAGAAGUGCAGCUUGGAGAGAUGGGAGUCUCAGAAGGUCUUGAUGGUUGCACCAGCCCUACCAAAAGUACUUCUGCUUGCAACAAGAUCUUGAAUGGAGCAACUCCAACAGAAGGUGGCAAGAUCUUACUUCGAAGCAGCAGAAAGGAGAUGAUGGCAGAUGUAUCCACUGGGGAAGAUGUUAAGUUAUGUCCUCUACAGUGCACUUUCUGCAAAAACAAAUUUGAAGGGAAGAAAGAAUUGGAACAGCACAUUCAUCAGAUCCACAAACCUUUCAAAUGCAGGCUGUGCAAUUAUAUGACAUUAAAAGAAGAAACACUGUUAAAUCACAUAGAGAGAGACCACAUUACCACUCAGAUUCCAAAUGGAGAAACUUGUGCUGAGAACUGCAAGAGUGAGUCAAGUGGAGGGGAGUUUCCUUGUGAAGUCUGUGGACAGGCUUUUAGUCAAACUUGGUUCCUCAAAGCUCACAUGAAAAAGCAUAGAGGGUCAUUUGACCAUGGGUGCCAUAUAUGUGGCAGAAAGUUUAAAGAACCCUGGUUCCUCAAAAACCACAUGAAAUCACAUGGCCCCAAAUCGGGGAGCAAAAACAAGCCAAAAAAUGAUUUGGAGCCAAUAGCCACUAUUAAUGACGUUGUUCAGGAGGAAACAAUUGUGACUGGCUUGUCCUUGUAUGAAAUUUGCACCAAGUGUGGAAACUUGUUUACAAAUAUGGAAAGCCUAAAAGCACAUAAUUCUGUACAUUGCAGGUCUUCUAGAGCCCGUAGUGAACAUAGAGCUGAGGGUCUAGUUGAUGGAGAUUUUGACACAACUAUAGCUAAACAGUUUUUCCUCCAAUAUCUGAAAUUGAAGCCAUCUGUAGAGGUAGAUGGUUUUGUAGGAGGGCAGUCAGGAAGAAGAGUAGCUGAGCUGGAUCCAGUUAAUAGCUACCAGUCUUGGCAUUUGGCUACCAAAGGAAAAGUUGCAGAGCCUUCUGAAUAUGUGAAGUAUUUGGGAUGGGAUGAAGUCCUGGCAGAUGCUGAUGUCACUUAUGACAAGGAUAAGAGGGAAUAUAUUCUUGUCAGUCAAGAGAAGCGCAAACUAGAGCAUGAUUCACCCAGCUCUUCAGGCAAUCCAAAAAAGAAAAACUGCACCAGUGGGCGUUCAGAGAAAAACAAUAGUUCACAUUCAGGGGACAAUUCUAUCCUAGGUCAAGAUGAUCUAGAGUAUAGACCAUCUUCACGUCAGAGCAGAAGGGUAUCACAGAACAAGUCCACUGAGUGCUUUGAGUGUGGCAAGAUCUUCCGCACUUACCACCAAAUGGUGCUUCAUUCCCGUGUGCACAGGAAAGAGCGCAGAAGCUGCAGUGAAGGCAGGGCUGUAGUUCAGCAAGAUCGAUAUGGAUCGAACAGUGAGGAUGGAGAUUCCGGUUCUGUAAGUGGUCCAAGCACACCAGGUUCAGCUUCUACUCCAGAAGAUUCUGUCACCUCUGGCAUGGGUGAAGAAGUACCUGAGGAUAGUUCAGAGGAAGGAGUGCAUGAGCCAUCACCAUGUAAAAAACCAUACCUCCGCAGUUUAUCUGAAGAAAAUGCAUCUGUGUCAGCACUACAUCUUAAGAAUGGAAGAAACCACACACGAGAAAUUUAUGCCAGUGAAUCUAAACCAGAGUUGACAACUGUGGCAUCUAUCCCAGAAAAUAAGAUUGAAGAACUGUUUCCAAAAUACACGGAUCACAAAAUUUUCCCAGACCCAGAGAAGUCAAUAUUUCAGUAUAACCAAGAUCUCCCUUGCUCCAGUAGGACUGUUGACUUUACUUCCAGUAUGGGCCAGCUAAAUUCAGAUGUGAGAUUAGAUUUGCAGUCCCCACUGGAAAUUCAGACUAAGCAGUCUAAAGAGAACUCUCCAGAUAUGCACGAGCACUCAUUGCUUAGUAAAGAUGUGCAAGAGAAGAUUCCAUUAGAUCUAAGUGAGAAAUCAACUAGAGCUGAUUCAUGCAAUACGAGUUUUACCUCAACCUUGCAAACUGGUUUGAUUAUCCAUCCGUGUCCUUACUGCAGUCAUAAAACCUAUUACCCAGAAGUCUUGUGGAUGCAUAAAAGAAUUUGGCACAAGGUCAGUUGUAAUUCUGUGGCUCCUCCUUGGGUUCUGCAAAAUGGAUUCAGGAGUAUAAAAAACAACUUGGUUUUUCUGGUGAGAAAUGGUCGCACUGGUCCCCCUCCUGUUCUUGGUGGUAAAGAAUGCCAGCCUUUGCCCAUAGCUAGAUUUACACGUACUCAGCUACCAUGUGGGUUAUCAGGAACCAAAAGCAAUUCUUCUGGAAAUGGUGUAACUGCUAAGCCUAAAGAUGUACCCUCCAUUGGUAACUGUGGUACACGAUCAUCCAGCACUGAUGGGUACAGGCAGUCAAAAUUGAAUCACACCCAUGAAAAGUAUAGCACAGCAGCCCAGCCAUCCCAAAUGAAAGUGAAAUAUGAAGUGAAUUCCAAAUUGAUGCAAACAGGGAGUUUUAGCAGAAGUUCAACACCUUCCCAGACAAUUGUAUCUAGACCCAACUCACAGCCCUCUGACAGUAAGCAAGCAGAGAAAUAUACAGUUCCCCAAGUAAGUGCUGGGUUUCCCCCUUUAAAUAAGCAUUGCACUUCAGACCCAGGAAAGGCCAAAUUUGUCUCUUCACCUCAAUUCCACCCUCCAUGUAAGACUGAGCCAUAUGUCACUCAAGAAGACCCGCCAGUGCCUCAGCAGGAACCUGUUCCUAGAAGAGAGAAUGAGAUGAGGACCUUGGUAAAUUGCACAGCAGGAUCCAGAGCCAGUCCUCUGAUGCAGCCUCAGCCCCUUAUGGCAGGACCACCACCAGUGGUGCAUUCCAUCAAACAGGAGCCACCAUCGGAAGGACACGAAAAGCGGCUGGACAUUUUAAACAUCUUUAAGACCUACAUUCCAAAGGACCUUGCUUCUCUCUACCAAACAUGGGGUGCCAAUAGCUCUGCAGUGGACCAUGCUGGGAUGCUUAGGACACAAACACGACAAGGAGACUAUGUCUGUGUAGAGUGUGGAAAGGGAUUUUCCCAGCCUAGCCACCUCAGGACCCACAUGAGGUCUCACACAGUGGUAUUUGAGUCUAAUGGACUCCGAGGUACUGAAGUUCACACCACCUCCGCAGAUGCCCCAAAACAAGUGAGAGACCAUUCCAAUGCAGAUAUUGUCCAUACAGUGCCUCUCAGAAAGGGAACCUAAAAACACAUGUCCAGUGUGUACACCGGGUACCCUUUGACAACAGCCAGUACCCCGACCGACGCUUCCAACAGCCUCCGAAUCAUUAUUCCAUCCACUCUAUGGAAGAACAUCUGGAAAAUCUCCUUGCAAACCAUCCAGUCCCUGGAGCGACUGUGCUAUAGCAAGAGACCCACGCUUUGCUAGAGGAGUGAAGCCUCUGAACUGUUAAUCAUUUUUAAAACAAAUGAAGAAGCUACACAAGAUAUAUACAAAUUGACGUACUAAUCAGUUCCCCUGGUUCUUAUUUCCUUUAUAAUAAACAGUGGAGUUGGCAAGCACUGUGGCGGUACAAGGCAUCUAUAUUAAUCAAGAUAACUUUUUUAGACACUGGAAAAAAAUUAAACUUUAUAUGAUUUGGAGAGCAGCACUGCAACAAAAUCUUCCCUUAUGGUUGUGAUGGCUUGUUUGAUAUGUUUUUUUUUUAAAGAGAAAAACAACCAAAGUGGAUUUGGGAAUGUGGGAAGUAGUGAUUAAUGAAACUGCCAUUGGCUGUCAUGCUGGAAAAAACAACUCUUUUUUUUUAAAAAAAGGAAGAAAGUGAAAUGGAGGAGUCAUUCAGUGCUGUGAAAGCCAGGCUUGAUGAAGGACAGAAGGGACUGAAGAGAGAGGCCAUCAUUCUGCAGUGAGGUUGUUUCAUGAUAGUUUGGGGACCACUUGUGUGUCCAGUGGGCUUAUCCUUGACUGCACACCAUUAAUAGUAUGUGAAUAUGGAAAUUGAAACACUUCUUAAGAAAGGAUUCUCUUCUUGCUUUGGAAAGAAAACAGCUAUUUGAACACUAAGAAAAGGAAAAAAAAACAGGCUUCUGUGUUGGUUUUUUUGUUUUUGUUUUUUACUCUCAGGGCCUUUCUAUUUGUUUCUUCCGCUUUUCUCCCUUUUUCUCCCUUUCUUAACAGUGCUACUUUCUGAGACCUGAUCACAAAGAAAAUGUGCAUGCUCAAACAAAUUUUCAAAAGAGAAAGAUAUUUGAUUCAGCUGUUUAAAGCUGCUGAUUUGUGUGCUUUUAACAGAAAGAAAUAAGUGUUCAGGCAGACAUAGGCCAUUAAAGUGCUAUAUAUGCCUGUAUUUUUGUGUAGUGGGUCAGUUACCUUUUCUAGGCCCUGGUGACAUGGGUGGGGGAGGUGAGUAAUUUCUUCUGUAGUGACAGGUCAGUGUUCAUCUAAUGGGUCAUGUCUUGUACAUGGUGAUUACUGGGGUGGGGGAGAAAAGCUUUAUAUACCUCUUCUACAGUCACUCUUUUAAAUGCAAGUUUUCUAGAUAGGGGUGAAGGUGGCAGGUUUUUAAGCACACAGUGUCUGCAGUUUGUCGAGAAAAAAAAUGUGUUCCACAGGUAUAAAUAUUUUUCUUUUCCUUUAUUGCUGUGACACUAUGUGUGAUAGUAAUAAUUUCAGAAUUUCAGAUUUUUGCACAUAUAGUUUUAUGCAUUAUCAAGAAAAGUGCUGCCUUGAAAGAAAAAAGAUGUUCUGUGAAUUUUUGCAAAAAAAAAAAAGCUUUACUAGUUUUUUUUUUAAUUGAACAUUUUUAUAAAGGCAGGAAAUGGAUUUUAAAAAAAAACCUAGCAUGCUAAAUAUAUUUUUCAAAAAAAGCAAUAAUUUUACAUGUACAGAAAUGGCGCUAACCUUUAAUACUUGUCGAGAGCAACCGUUUACUUUCUACAAUAAUGGGAGAGUGCUGUUUUUGUAGUCAAUAGGCUUCUUACACUAAGAUUUUUUAAUAUGUAUUUUUUUUCCUGUUCUAAUUUUGGUUUUGUUAAUCUUGUCUAUCUUUGAUUUGAGAUUAUAUUUGUUGCAAAUUACUUGACUGUUUGCUUUUGCGGUUGCUGAAGUAGUGCAGAUGUAACAUUUGUAUGUAAUUUACUGGUUUGGGGAUCUGGGGUGAGUGUUUUCACCCCAGUAAUUUUCCUCACACACCAGCUGUAUGCCAGUGUGCUCUGUAAUCCUGGUGUAGCUAAGAAUGUCUGUGCAAAUGCCUAUAUAAGUGAUUGAUUGUAAUCAGCUCUCUUUUGAAGUUACCUUGCAGAAAUUCGCAUAGACACAUUCCAUACUUUUCUUCCCUUCCUAUUUCCUGCACCAACUCCUCUGCCCACUCCCCCCCCCCAUGCAGCUCUUUUGCUGUUUUGAAUAAUAAUAGAUCAAUUUGGGAUUCACACUUCAAGUGUUAUAUUUUUUUUCUUGAUCAAACCCUUAUUUUCUUCAUUUGAAGUAAACAGGCAAGGGUUCAGGAAUGCACAAAGGUAGCUGCUUUGCCUAUUUGUGUGUUUGUAGUUAUUAAAAAAGGCUUCUGUGCCCCAAAUCAGAAAACCCGUGUCAUUUACAGCUGUAAUUAUUUUGUUGGUUGAUUCUGGUUUUCUUUCUUUGGAAUUGUGUUUUGGGAAGGGUGUCUUUUUUCACCCUGAUAUGGAAGAAUCCUAGUUAAUAUUUAGAAUUGAAAUGCUCUUCCUGGAGAUUGUUUACUUCAGGACCGUCUGACACAGAGAGAAGAAAGUGCUGUCACUGCCAUUACCAGGGUACUAAUCAGCAAAGUUUACAAUCAUAAUUUAGCUACAUGAAGAACAACAGCAGGGGAAAUCAGUUUAAAUAAUUAUAUGCUGUGUAUAGCACAGAAAUGAGAUUUUCACUUAAUUAAACAAGAAAUGGGGAGGGUAAGGGGGAAACCAUCAUUGAAGAGCAGCCGUUUUCACGUGUGAAUCCCAAGCUUUGUAAUUUCCUCCUUUUAUCAUCCACAUUGUAUUGAUUUGUUAAUUCAGUUAGAGCCUAGUGCGCUUAUUUAUUUAGUUCUUUGGGUUUCAAAUAGCUUUAAAAAAAAAAAAAGGAAACGUGAUGAUUUUGCAGCAUGACAUACUUUGUAAGCCAUCUUCUGACUGUUACAGAGACUUUCUACUACCUCUAUCAAUCUGUUUCUUUUCCUUAACAGGUUUUCUACAGUGUUGCAGUCUAAUGUACCUUAGACAAUAAAGGGUUCAGUUAUGA